AUGGCGUCAACAUCCGAUGCACACGCUGCAGCGCUGGGAUAUGCGGUCAAGCAGCUUCAGGUUGGAAUCGUCAGUGAUGAUAAUGAGGACAACAAUAAUAAACAAUCAAGUCAAGUUACCAAGAAGCUUCGUCGAUUGUUUCCAGACCGCAUUUGUGCGCACCAAUUGACCGUGGGAUCACCCUUCCCAAACGAAAUGGCAUUGCUAGUCCUCUGCUGUUCACUCGGAUUGAGCAAAGAAACUUCCAAAUGGAUUCAAUCGUCCAUGCAAAAGCUGAAAGGGCGAGGAAGUGGCGAAGUUGAUGAUGAUGAUGAAUGCAACCAACAACAAGAGGAAGCUGCAAUAACCGAUGUACUUGUGUGGACGGACUACGAUCUUGAUCGCAAUCUACAAGAUCGUCAACACUUUUACAACAUCCUUGUUGCGAAUGGACUGACCGAAUGGGUACCACACCGCGCCCUCUUGAUGCCACCGGAAGUGGACGUCUUUGGACGCAAACUGGUGGAACCAACUUCGGAUGCCCUGGAAGCCGCUGCAGUCACUAUCAGCAACCUGACAGUCAACGUAUCGUCUGCUCCAGCGACGCCAACAGUAGGGAAUACCGCUGGGAACGUUGCGUCGCCCAGCACGGCGUUGACCAUCAAGCCCAAGGCGUUUGUCGAUCGAAGGGACCAACUCGAGAUUAAUGGCGUGAUUCUAUUAAAACCGGUGUUACGACGGCCCCUGGAUCCCAACGAUCAAAGCGUCACCAUCUUUUACCCGCGGAGUCAGGGUGGGGGUGCCAAAACGCUGCAAUUUCUGGACGACAAGGAACUCAACGUGCCAAACUUCCGCGCACACUUUGAUCCCAAUCUACGUCAUGUCACUCGGGAUACUAGCCAAACAUUUAUAUACGAGGAACUCCAUUUGCCACCGCAAAUUGAUAAAGAGGCCAGUGAGAAAGGAGAAGUUUCCACGAAACCGGGGAGCAUUGCCGAAGUUGUCACGCGACAAAAAGAGCGCAAACGAGAUCGCUUCCGCAAGUUUAUGAAAAAGUUGGGUGGGGAAACCGAAGUGCCCAUUCAAUUCGGAGAUGACGAUCAAGUCUCGUACGAUUCCGAUCUCACUCGGUUGGACCGCAAGAUCUUUGUGGUCACGACAGCUGCUCUGCCAUGGAUGACUGGUACGGCAGUGAACCCAUUGUUGCGAGUGGCGUAUCUAAAAAAAGGACGUCCCAAGAACAGCGUUACCUUGGUGAUCCCAUGGCUGGCCCGCGAAACGGAUCGAUUAAAGGUAUAUGGAAGUAAGCACACCUUUGAAAACAAACUAGAGCAAGAGGAACAUGUCCGAGGGUGGUUGCGGAGUGAGGCUGGAAUGCCAGAAGAAGCAGAUCCCGAAAAUGGAAUUCAAAUCAUGUGGUAUCCGUCUCGCUAUUAUGCUGCGCUGGGGUCUAUUUUUCCAUCUGGUGACAUUUGCAAACAAAUUCCAAAGGAAGAUGCCGACUUUUGUAUUUUAGAAGAGCCGGAACAUCUCAAUUGGAUCCGGUCUGCCGAAGAAGAGGGAGAGAUUUGGACCGACAAAUUCAAUCAUGUGGUGGGCGUCAUCCAUACCAACUACAAGGCCUAUGCCUCGGCCACAGCUGCAAUCGCAGCCCCUGUUGUUUCCGGUCUGAGUUCAUUGAUGGUUCGAGCAUAUUGCGACAAGGUCAUCAAGUUGUCAGCAACAUUGCAAACCUACUCGCCGGAAAAGGAGGUUGUCUGCAACGUUCAUGGUGUUCGAUCUGACUUUCUGGACAUUGGUGCACGGAGAGCAUUGGAGCAGCCCAUAUCGCCAACGAAUACAAAUAUUGCAGUGGAUGCUACUGGCGCAGGUGAUGAAAAACCAGUGGCCUAUUUCAUUGGGAAAUUAUUAUGGGAAAAGGGAUUGGAUCGCUUGCUUAGGUUACAGUAUUUCUAUAAGGAGAUCACAGGAGAAUUCUUUCCCAUUGACAUCAUUGGGGAUGGUCCCGAUCGGACCGAAAUUGAGGCCACCUAUUUGGGUCUCGAUGGCAAAUCAAUUCGCAAAGUCCUAGCUAGUAGCGAUGCCAUCAAGUUCUCUUGGGGUGCAGUGACGGAACAGCUUGGAAAUGUAUUGGAGGUCCCGACAUCGUUACAGAUGCAAACUGGAAAGGUCCCAGGACAGUUUCACGGUCGGCAGGAUCAUGCCCAUUUUUGCGCCGAAUACAAGGUGAUUAUCAAUCCAUCCGUUACCGAAGUCUUGUGCACGACGACUGCCGAAGCCUUGGCGAUGGGAAAAUUUGCCAUUAUUCCCAAGCACCCAUCGAACGAUUUCUUUUUGCAAUUUCCAAAUUGUCUCGCCUAUGAGAACAAGGUCGAGUUUGUUACCAAGUUGGUAUAUGCCUUGACCAGAGAUCCCGAACCGUUGACCGAAGACUUGUCGUAUAUCUUCACCUGGGAGGCUGCGACGGAACGAUUGAUUGUCAACUCUGCCAUCACCAUGAAAGAAGCCCGAGUACGGGCAAAGGCACGAAAGGGUCACGAGGACGACCGGAUUGCCAAAAUGUACAACAAGUUGGGCAUUCGAGGUCACGCAUGGGGAUCCCUCUUUGGUAAUCCGCCCUCACCAGAGCGAAAAUCCGAGUCUGAAACCGAUGAAAAGGAAGCCGAAGAGACUGCAGAUGAAACCGUCCGUGCUUGA